AUUAUAAAAAAUUUUUAUCCGAUUUGAUUAUCAUUUUUUUUCUUUGAAAAAUGCAAAGUUUUUUAAAACUGCCAAAAUUUAAUAAAACCUUCUUUUAUAAUGAACCCCAAGAUAAAUAUCAAGAAUUUUGUAAUGCAUAUGCGUAUUAUAAACAAGCAGUACUAUGUAAUUCAAAACCAAAUCGUCAAAAAUUAAUGCAAGAAUGUAUAACUGCUUGGAAAGAAGUUAGAGAACAGAAUACUUCUUUUAUUGAAAAUAAAAUUAAUGAAUAUUAUAACACUAUACCUCCUACUAUUCAUUCUCAUCAAAAUUUUUUUUUAUCACAUCGUACUCCUCGUACUCCUACUGCUUCUACUUCUACUUCUACUCCUACUCCUCCAAAACACACUUCUAUUCCGCAACAUAUUACUACUCCAAGACCGAUUGUUAAUGAGUUUAUUGAUACUACAACAAUACAAACUAAUGCUAGAUCACAACAAAAUGUGGCUAAUAAAAUUAAUUCAGCCAUAAAGAAUAUAUCAGAAUGUCAACAAAUGGUAGAAAUUACCACAGAUGAAUCAUUAAAAGUUACGUUAAAAACUAAAAUAAUUGAAGAAGAACAUACUCUAUCAGAACAACGUGUAUUAUUAAGUAAAUUGAAACGACAUGCUGAAGCUCAAUCAAAAUUAAGAACAAAAAAAAAAAAAUUAAUAGAAGAAGGAGUUGUUGAACAAUAUAAUACUCCGGGAAGACCAUCUGCAGCUAUGAAAGAUCCAGAAUUAUGGGAUAAGAUCCAUGAUAGUGUUGAAUUCGGAGCUGCCCAUGCUAAACGAAGAAAAGUGGUUAUUAAACAAAAGUUGGUCUUGCCUCUGUAG